AAAUUUUUUCGGUUGCUUAAAUUUUACGUAACGCCGAACUUGGCAAUUUUUCUCGAAAAUUUGUAUUUUUCAGCAGCUACAUACAAAUAUCGCCGACGCCCUAUUGAAUUUUGCAAAGGUGGAUAUAUCAUUUGAAAGAAGACAGGUUUAAAUCGAAAAUAAUUUACUUUGGUAAUUUAAAUUUUUGGUGGCAGUCAUUCUGCUCGUAUGACAUAUCAUUUUCCAUAAAAUUUUUUAGAAUUCCCAUAAAUCUCUUCGCGCUCUCUGCGUGUGCUUUUUCAUCAGAUCUAUAAACAACAUUAUGGUUCAUUUUUACCUUUUCUAAUCUUCUAGCAGUAUAAAAAAAUGAUUUAAAAAAAGUCAUAUGUCAAAUAUACAGUAGUACUGUAACAGUACAAUGAAUAAACUUGGCAUAGAAAAAAAUAAAAACUAAAAAAAAAAUUGGCAAUUUUUAGUAGGUUUUGGUAGGAAAAAAAGUUGGCCGUUGCAACUCUGGUCGUAUGAAGUGUUCGCGUUUUUUUUUUAAUUUGUCUGUACUCGUUUCUCGCGACCGUUAGCGCAGCUACUGCGCUACCUUUUUGUUUAUCUAUUGCAUUGUUGCGUGGUUUUUCGGCAGUUGAAGGUGUUUGCGUGGUGUUGUGUGAAAAUUGUUAAAAGAAUUGCGAAUUGUGUGUGUGCCUUAUUAAGUAAACGUCUACAUACAAAAAUUACUGAGUAAAUGGAUUUCGACCAGGAGGCGAAUAUAUUCUUCAUUGGUGAAGAAAUUAUCACACAAAACGUAAAUGAAGAAAAUCAUUUGGAAAGUCUACGCCAAAUCAUUUGCGGCAAAAUGGAAUUCGGAGAAAACGUUUUGCAAAGGCCAUUGGAUUGUUGCUUGGAUGUAGAAGGCUUAUACCUGAUUAAAGAUGAAGACGUAAAUGAAAUUUUUCCUCAAACAAUGCUUGGUAUGAGGAUUAAAUUCCGGGAAAGACUUUCGCAUUGGCGACAAAACGAAGCGCGUACUAUUUCAUCUUUAAGUUUGUGUAAAAGCGGCCAGAAUUGCAGUCAGGAUUCACAAAAUUCUACAAAAUUCACGCAAACAAGCUUAGAUGUGCUUCUAAAUAGUACACCAAAAGGAAAUAGUAUACUUCAACAAUACAAAGAAAAAUUAUUUCUGCUAGAUGUUCACAGAGAAGCUUUAGUGAACAUUAUUUUGAACUACUUCAGCGAACGGUCUCUACCUAUCACAAUGAAAGAUAUUGUGAAUUUUUCGGAGCAAAUAGUGGCCAUAUUUCCCACUGAAAACAUGCGUUUUUACUGUAACCGCCGAGAAGGCAAAAAUCCUACAGGGAAGCUGUACGAUAAAGCGACAAAUGUUCGUAGAAAACUCAACAAGCAACGUGAAGCUGAAGUUCCAAAUGAUACAGAAGUUUUAAAAAAUAAAGAUUCGGCGUCUUACAGCAAUGAUCAGAAUGCAAUCACCAAAAAAUUGUGGCUUGCACACAAUAUGGAGACCUGGAGUGAUGUAGUAAAAAAAUGGGACGAAACAAUCGAAAUAAGACGGCAGGAUAUUUUCGAUGGAAAAGUAAAUAUCUUUGCUGAUUGGCCGCUGCUUAAGCACACCCUUGGAUAUACAUUAAUUGAAAUAGAUUUUACGGCAAAGUAUACCGACAACACACAAAAUUUGAUCAAUGACUGGCGCAAUUUUAAAAGAGUUAUUAUUCCCUAUAUGAGAGACAAAAUUAAAGAUACUGCAUCAAACAAUAUGCUACUCAUGAUUGAUGACAAUGUUGACUCGGACUCAGCCGACUGCAUAAUAACCUUACUAAUGCAUUCUAUACUGAAACCACCGCUAGUUUCCAUUAAUAAAACUCCUGGUAGUAAGCGACUUAAAUGGAAACCGUCUAUAUGUGACGCACAAAACGUUACAGUGCUGCUGUGUGAAUGUGUAAAUGACUACCAGAGAAAGUAUGACGAAAUGAAAUGUAAAGCCAUGGAAAGAGGUAUUUCGCUGCAACCACAAAUUUUGGUCAUAGGAAAAGAAUUGUCAAGAUUAGAAAGUUAUUAUAUUGUUUUUGAUAAUAUACUUUAUAAGGUACCAACAUUUGUAAGAGCGCUUGACAUAUUAUUUAAAUUAUUUCAUGUAUUAAAUUUUGAAUACCCAAUAGAAGCUAAAUAUUUGUUCGAUUUCAUAGAAAAAUACUUUUUUAAAUUUGAAUGCUCAGUAAACCCUAAUAUAUUAUUAUUAAUCAAUUAUUUGGAAAGUACAAACAAAUUGUCAAAUUAAUCCUGUAAAAUGU